ACAUGUUGACCACGAAUGCUUCCGCAUGCCCAACGGGACUUGCACCAGUCACUGCCACAAAAAGAUCAAGCUCUCGACGAGUGCUUCAACCUGGUGCCAGAUGAAUGCAUGGCCAUUGAAAACCACCGGGAGAAUCGGAGUUUCCAGCUUGAUUCCCUUCACGUCCAUGCAAUCAUAAAGGCAUCACUUUUCUGUUUUUCUUUUCGUUCUUAAUAAUCACAAAGAUUCUGACAUGCAUCUUUUGGUUUCUUGGUUUUUUUGCAUACUGCUUUAUUCAUCCAACCCUCAAAUUACGAGAAAAACAGUCCAUUUGUGCGGUAUCUUGCCAUGAAUAACUAUGAUAGCUUCAUGUGGACGGUUGACACUCCACCCAGUAUGUUACAAGGCUAAAGGGUCUUGUUUGGUUGGGGAGAAAGUGUAGGGAAAUGGAAGGAACCAAAAUCUUUGAACACUGCAUGGUCUCAAAUUUUGGGGUUCUUCAAGAAUAAGAUAACUUGUUUGGUUCUGUUUUUUCUUGGUUUUGUAUGGAACGAAAUAGAGGAGUGAGAAAAUUGCUGUUCUCAGUAAUGUUCUUGUUUGAUUUUUGAUGUUCUUCCACUUCCUUGUACAGGGAAAGCUAGAUGGUUUGAAACGUAAAUGCAUGUGAUCAGAAUUAAAAAGAUUAUUAAAAAAGAAAAGAAAAAACAAGAAGAGUAAAGAUUGUUCUUCUUAUAGGUUAAUGGACGUGAAGAUCAUCAAGUUGGAAAUUUGAGAUUCACCUGUUUUCAACGGCCAUAUAUUCUUCUGAAACCGUGUUGCAAUGUUAGUUGACAGCUUGAUCUUUCUGUGUCAGUGGCGAUGGGCGCAAGUCCAUCUCUUCGGUGAUCUUGAUCUUGGUAUUUGGUUCUCAAGAAAACUUACGGUUGAAAAUCAUUCUAAAUAUAUAGACGGCCAAGUCGGCGGGAAAUUCACCUCAGUCUGGCUUCUAUCUGAGAAAGCUGGACAAUAUUGUGAAAGGAAAUCUCAAACCUUUUGCUAUCUGCUGUCUGAAAAAUAUUGUUUCCAAGGAUGAGGGACAACACCUUUUUGGAGGGUGGACAUCAAAGCAUGAAGGAGCUACUGGCAAAGUAUAAAGGGGAGGUGGUUAUGAGCCCAGAAGCACCAAAACCAGACAGACCACCUGGUCCUCUUGGCAGUACACCACCACCUAGUCGUCCUGCUGGCAGCGCACCACCACCCGGUCCUCCUGGAAGCGCACCACCCCCUAGUCCUGCUGUCAUCGGACCAGCAACGGAUCCCCCUGGAAGUGCACCACCACCUGGUCCUCCUGGAAGUGCACCACCACCUAGUCCUGUUGGCAGCACACCACCACCCAGUCCUCCUGGAACCACACCGCCACUUAGUCCUGCUGUCAGCGGACCAUCAACUGAUCCCCAUGGCAGCGCACCACCAUCUGGUCCUCCUGGAGGCGCACCACCACGUGGUAGUCCCGGUUCACCACCACUUGGUCUUCCUCCAAGACCACCUCGCCGUACUAGUGCAGCAACACCCGGUAAUCUUAUGCCUAGACCACAUGGUCGUCCACUUGGUUUUCCACAUAGACGCGGUGGUUCUGGUCCCUCACGACUUGGUCUUCCGCUUAGACCACCCCAUAAUCCUGGUGGUCCUGGUGCACCACCACCAGAUCUUCCGCCGCUACCUCCAGCUAUUCAUCUUCCCCCUCCGCCUAGAUCUCCACCUUAUCCUAUUAUUUGUAUGACUACACCUCUACCAACACUAUGCAUUGGGGAAAAGCCACCACCAUAUUAUCCACCAAAAUCAACUGCACCAAACAGUGGCGGAGCAUCAAGCUCAGGGACAAAAGGAGAGAGUCAAGGAGCAUUAAGCUCAGAGACAACGGGAGGGAGUGAAGGAACAUCAAGCUCUGUCACACAGAGUUCAUCAAGCGAGGGAGGUAAAGGCUGCUUUCCCAUUCCUAAGGAGCCGGGCUGCUGCAUACUCUAGACUGCUUGUUACUCACCGUCAAUGUUUCAAACCCCCUUUUACAGUGGACUUUGUUUUUAGAUGAAAUGAUUGAAUAUAUAGCAUGGUCAGACU